UCAGUUCAGUUUAGUUCUGUUUACAUCUGCUAAAUAUUUUAUUCAAUCGAUUGACGUUGACCAAAUGUUCAUUCUGCCGUGGUUUUAAUUCAAAAAGAGAGACGCAUUUCCCAUAAGAAGAAAUUCCUUUCUUUCUUCUCAAUUUCUUUCUUCUCAAUGCGAUUUUUUUUUUAAGUGCGAUCCAAAUCAAUCGACGAACAGUGCGAAAAAAAUUGACAAGAAAUUGAACAAAAGUGACUCAAUGUAUUUUUGCGUUGAUAUCACACAGAUCAAUUACCGCAAGUAGUGACUCGGUGGUAAAAAAAAAUCAAUUUACUUCUUAAAAUCAAUGGACCAAAAUAAUAAUGUUCAAGCCAAAUAAUGGCAACUUGAUUUUGUGGGGAUUAUCGUUGAUCGGUUUAAAGUAGUUGUGUUUACGAGAAGUGUUUGUGUGUGAAAAAGAAGGCACGUUCAGCAUGCGGUCGGCUAUUGCACGAGUUACCAUUAAAAUUAUUGAAUUGUUGGGUUGCAUUGCUUGUUUUGUUACGAAAGUAAUUACUGAUCUGGAAUCGCGACGUGUAUUCCUACGAAACCAAAAAUACUCCAGAGAAUGGAGUCUGCUGCACAAUAUAACAUGGUCUUCGGCGGGAAAUACGUUUGCGAAUAUAACGUACGGUGGAUUCUCAUUGAUUACCACACUUAUGCUAAUUUCAAGGUGUAUCGAUGCCAAUACAAGACCAUCGCUAAUUGAGAAAAUUUUUCUAAUCGUCGGAAUGCUCUGUUUCUUUGCCAUGGGUGGAAUCGUAUUGGCCGCCUUUGAUCAGGUGCCAUGGGAAUUGCAUGAUAAUUCCAUCAUUUUGGGUUGUUUGUCGUUCUUUGUUGCAUUGGUCAUGCUGUAUGAUUUGUCUGAUCCGAUGGCUCGACAUGUGACCGAUACCACACAAACAGAUAACGAAAUCACCAUGCCGCAACACCAGUCACAGACCCCACCACCACAACAACAACAACAGCCCCAAAAACAGCAGAAAAUUGUAACCGUUUCAGAGACGGUUCCAUCGAAUACAACAAUAGGUAUUCAGGUGAAAGAACCGACUCCACACCAUGUGAUCGACGAGCCACCGGAUGCGAUGAAAUCAUCGAAACUUGUAAAAGAGACGCAAGUUCAAGUGCAAACGCAAACGCUCCAAAGUGCCGCCCCAUCGAUGUCGGAUGACAUUGCGAAAAAUGGCAAUUAUCAUCGCGGUGAUACAAUCGAUUUUGUACAGUAUCAACAUUUGCCACAGGCUGAGCAGCCAGUAUUUGAACGUGUUUUGAUGCCAGAAAAGAAGCGACCAACAUUUAACAAAGUGGCCGAUACACAUAAAACGGCCAUUGUUCAAACGGUGCAUCCAGACGAAUAUGUGAUUCGUGGUGAUCCGACGACAAAUCAUCGUCGUGAUCAUCGUACCGAUUCUACAAUGCAUUACAACCAAAUGCCAAAAUAUGCUGCCAUCCAACGUCAACAAACAUCUGCAUAUCCGCAAUACUUGGAUCAUCAAUCAUCCUAUUCACCACCACCACCAACAAGAAACCAUUCGACAUCGAUGUACAAAUUGAGCCGUGACUAUGAUCACAACGACUAUGAACGGCCACCGCCGAAACAUUCCAAUAUCAAAAUAACACGAUCAGAAGAAUUAAGCCGAUAUCGCGAUCCGGCACCAGAACAUUAUCAGCAUCAACAUCACCACCACCAACAACAACAACAACAACAACAACGACCGCAGCAGCAGCCGGCACCAAUGAUGGUCAUUCGAAACUAUGCUCAACCCAUGUCAAUGUCUAACAAUCGAACGAUAAACACUACUGUUGCUUCUACUUCAGCACAUAAUUUAGACGAUCGGCGACAUCAUCACUCAAACGACAACAGUGUUUAUCAUCGCAAUGGCACAAGAAAACAUGUUGAUGCUCCAAUCACUCAAAUGAAUUCACGCAAAAAUGGAUGUUGCACACAAAGUACAGACGACGAAGUUGAUUUUCGUAAAAUGAACUCAGCCGUGCGGAUCAAACCUGGUUUUGUACAAUCGGUGGCAAAAAUGUGGGACCGACGAGCUAUCGAAAAUUCCGGUGAAUUCAAUACAAUCGUUUAAACAAAAUGCCAUUUGCAGGCGUCGCACGGAAUUAAUAGCACGUUUAUAUUUAGAUAAUGACUUAGAUGUCGAAAAUUCGUUUUUAUUUAGUUUAGAUGUAAUAUUUACAUGGAUAAGAAUACAAAACAAUAUACGUC